UAGACGCAUAAAUGGUCUUGGCUUUAGCGGAAUAAACUUUUUUGAUUUUAUUUCUGACUGAUUUUCAAAUUGUAGAUAAAAAUUGCCCUGUAAAAAGAUAUUUGACAAAGCUCUACUGCAUUUAUCGAUCCGGGACAGACUUUUACCCGGGAGGAGAAAGUUGCAAAAUUGAAGGGGGUGAAAGCACCUGUUACAUCAAAACACGUACACUUUUUGUUAAUUUAACUUUAAAUGGCUGCUGUGCCUGUCGCCUAUCUUACACGAAGAGAGUGCUUUAGUGCUUGCCACAGAUUGCACAGCGAACAGCUUAGCACUGAACAAAAUCUGGAGAUUUACUCAAAAUGUAACAAUCCCAAUGGACAUGGGCACAAUUAUGUGGUUGAAGUCACGGUAAAAGGCCCAAUUGAUCCCAUCAUUGGUAUGGUAAUAAACAUCUCAGACCUGAAGAUAGUGAUGAACAAAGCAAUAAUGGAGACGUUGGACCACAAAAAUAUAGACAAAGACGUUCCAUUCUUUGCCACUACGAAGAGAGUGAGCACGACGGAAAAUAUUGCCAUGUUUGUUUGGGAUGAGUUGAAACGACAUCUUUCUAACCCUUCGAUUCUGUAUGAAGUCAAAAUUUGGGAAACUGAAAAGAACAUUGUUGUCUAUAGAGGUGAAGCUAUGUAGUAUAUGCAAAAUCAAGAUCAAACAAUUAACGGACAUGCAAAUAUGUAUCAUUUCGUUAUUUAUUUAAUAAAUUCAGUUGGCUUAAAAAUCUGUAAAUCAUUAUGUAACCGAAUACUCAAACAUUCUAGUAAUUGUCAUAAAUUAACAAAUUAUGCAUUAA